GCUGAAAAUGAAGAAUAAGCCUUGGAUUCCGCAAAAGGUAUGCAGAACAUGCGUUGAGUUCCUACGUUUAUGGACAAAUAAGAAAUUACAUAGCUUCAGGUACAAAACCGCUAUGAUUUGGAAUGAACCCAUGAAUCACUAUGAAUAUUGUUAUUUUUGUUUGGUGAACAUAACUGGUAUUAACCGAAAAAAUCAGACCAAAUGGAAAUAUCUUUUUAUACAAUCGGCACAUAGACGUGUCCUGACUCCUAAGUCUACACAUGAACUCCAAUCUGGUACUUUACAGGAAAAGCCAGAAGAUCUUGAGACGAAAAACGACAGUAGUGAUAGUGACCCGGGAACGCUAAAACCUUUUAAUCAAGAUGAUUUAAACAAAUUAAUUAGAGAUAUGGGACUAUCAAAGUCAGCUUCAUAAAUUUUGGCUUCAAGGCUAAAAGAAAGAAAAUUGGUAACCAAAGAAACUAAAAUUUCUUAUUACCGCACAAAAGAACAGAAUUUCCUCAAAUAUUUUGCUAAAGAAGACAAUUUCGUAUUUUGAAAGAUAUACCUGGAUUGAUGGCUGCAAUGGGAUUACAAAAUUAUGUUUCUAGUGAGUGGCGUUCAUUCAUAGACUCGUGAAAACGGAGUCUAAAAUGUGUUUUUUUACACAAUUGGAAUAAAUUAGGGUCUUUGCCUAUUGCACAUUCUACAAAAUUAAAAGAAGAAUAUACAACUAUUGCUCUGGUUGUGGACAAAAUUAAAUAUGUUUAAAAUAACUGGAUUAUAUCAU